AUGCCGUGCCUGUCCUCGGGAUAAGGGGCCGCCUGCCUUGGUUCCACGCUGACAUGCGACUCAGUGAGAACAGAUCCUCAACCAGAGGGACAGGUGGAGGCUUGGACUGGGACAGCCUGACGGAUACUGAGCCGUACCAGGUCCAACUGGCUAUACUUGAGUGGACUUCGCCGCGCCGGACCGCAGAAGACAGCACAGGGCUAUUAUACUGGAUUUACUGGCUAGGUCUUGGGACUGGAGUGCUAUUCCCAUUUACGCUGUGCGAGUGAAUCCUGUCAUGGAUCCGUCGGUGACACAAGUAACACAGACGGUUCCUCCUGGGUUAGAGGAGUACAACCCCUUCACAGACGCCAAGUCGGUACCCCCUGGCACGGCACCUAAAUUACCACCCCCCACCACCAACACCCAACCAGCCAUCAUGAAGCCUACUGAAGAACCGCCUGCAUACUCACAACCUCAACAGACACAGGAGCAAGUGCGUGCAGCUACAGAGCUGCUGAAGAGGCAGGAGGAGCUGGAGAGGAAGGCAGCAGAGCUAGACCGCCGGGAGAGAGAGAUGCAAUCCCUCAACACAUCAGGAGGUAGGAAGAACAACUGGCCUCCUCUCCCAGAGAAGUUCCCAGUAGGCCCCUGUUUCUACCAUGACAUCACCGUGGACAUCCCUGUAGAGUUCCAGAAGACUGUCAAGAUCAUGUAUUACAUCUGGAUGUUCCACACGGGGACACUGUUCGCCAACAUGUUUGGCUGUCUGGCCUGGUUCUGUGUGGAUGCGACUAGGGGCAUAGACUUUGGCCUGUCCAUGCUCUGGUUCAUGAUCUUCACCCCCUGCUCCUUUGUCUGCUGGUACAGACCCCUCUAUGGAGCCUUCAGGAGUGACAGCUCUUUCCGUUUCUUCGUGUUCUUCUUCGUCUACAUCUGUCAGUUUGGCGUUCACGUCAUGCAGUCCAUCGGAAUCUCCGGCUGGGGUGCCAGUGGCUGGAUCUCAGCUCUGACCGGUCUGAAUAAGAGCAUCCCUGUUGGGAUCAUCAUGAUCCUCAUCGCUGCGCUCUUCACCGCCCUGGCUGUCAUGUCCCUCAUCAUGUUUAAAAAGGUCCAUGCUAUGUACCGCACUACAGGGGCUAGUUUUGAGAAGGCCCAGGCUGAGUUUGCUACCGGCGUCAUGUCCAACAAGACGGUACAGACGGCUGCAGCCACCGCCGCCUCCAACGCCGCCAGCGGAGCCUUCAAGCAGCAGAUCUGAUUGGCCCUCAGAGCCCCCUGGAGCCUGCUCUCUUUCUUCUCUCCAUCCAAUCCAAGCCCCCCGAGCUAGCUCGCGCUUCCCUCCCUCCUGUACUAGCUCUGCUCACAUGGCUCGGAUAACACCUAGAAUGUGGUGAGAGCUGAUGGCGUAGUGGAUGGACGUAGAUGUGAGAGCCUGCUGUCUGAUUGGUUUUAUGUCUCAAUGAAGAUGUUCUGUCUGUAGAAUCCUGAGGUUGAUGACAUUACAGUCUGAUUCCUCUGUAGGUCACUUCAUUCUGCACGGCACUGCCCCAGCUCGGUGAAGUUUGCUUAUUGUAGACCUUUCCUUUGGUCUUGAAGUGAAAUCUCCAUCCGUCCUGGGCACCUGGCCAUGCAAAACAAACAUGUCUCUAUCUGCAAAUGUGACCAACGCCCAUCUUCUACCAAGCCCCGCCUUUCUUUUCCUCUAGGCUGUAACCCCGCCCCCUCCAGUGACUUUAUUAAUGCACUUCUGUGUGAUCCCACAGCCCCUAAGUAAUGUCACUCUUCAAGUGUUAGCAAAUAUUCCUUUAACGUUGUGUGUGUGUGUUCAUUUUUGUGUGUUUCUAUUUUACGGUUCAUGUGGAGGACUCAAGGUUGUUCGUUCUUUUUCUCACUAGUUUUGAAGCGUUGUAAGUCACUUUACUCCCUCUGAAUUCUUGUACCAAGUCACCUUAAUGCAACAAGACUUUUAGCUAUCAUUCUGCUACCUAUUUAAUUAUUGUAUUUAGCAAAUCACUGUAUUUAGCAAAGUACCGAUCAAAUGUUUAACACUCCUGAACACCAAGUCAGAGGUCUGGAUGCAGUGACGCUCCUGUUUCUUCCCUAACAAUAGAAGUCGUUGUCCAGGCAGGUAGGACAUUUAGGACUACAAAAAUAUACAUUUUUGGGGCUUUUUAUUUUUUUUGUGGACAGAUUUUGCGGCAGGUUAACCAGCAAGUGAACCGUCUUGCCUCGUCAGUGGUUAGUUUUCCGGCCAUCUGUCCUCCUGUGGGGAGAACGGGCAGUAUUCAUGAUGAAUGCUGCUCAUUGCACACUAUUGUCUUCUGAUUGAUCACAUCUGGAUUCAUUCAUCUAAAGAUUAGAGGUUUAACACUAUAGAAAACUAAACACUGAAUUCUAAUCUGGAUUAUGGUUAGUGUUGUCUUGGUUCUUCUCGUAACUGUCGUUUUCCCCACUUUGUUGCGUAAGUAUUCAGCCUUGUUUUCUUGGGUAAAACAUUGCAAUAUUCUUUUCAUCAUUCUGGUUAGCGACUCCGGUGUAGAUUAGACCUUGUUGGUUAGUGUCUUGCUGAAAGGUGACUGUCUUCCACUGUAGCAGGUUCUGUGAGGAUUUGGCAUCCCAUUUGAAUUUUAUCUGAAAAACUCACCAGUCUUUGCUGAUGUCAUGCAUACCCAUCCCAUGAUCUGGCAACCACCGUGAUUGAAAAUAACCAGGCAUUUGUAGUAAUGUGGAUUUUUGGUCAAACUUAUAUUCAAGGCGAAGGGUGUAUUCCAUAGACCUUUUUCAGUAUAUGUUUAGUGCCUUGUUGCAUAUAAGAUGCAUGUUUUGGAGACACAGUAGUGAGUUCACACAUUCUGUACUGAUUUAUGUAUGAGUGGUUUAUGUAUGAGCGGUUUAAUACAUCCUAUAUGGUAUAUUUAUGUGACCAUGCCUAAAUGUCUUAUUUUAUUGUUAAGAAUCACUGACAUUGUUUAUGAGACUUUCAAACAAAAAACUCCCAAUUUUUAUAUUUGAAUCACGGACCUUUGAGAUCUGGUGUGUGUGAGAGACCAAGGAAGUGGUUGUCAUUUUAACAUAGAUGUACAUAUUUCACAAUUUGGGUUUUCUUGAGACCAAUUUGAUCCCUGAAAUAAUAUAAGCAUGCCCAAACAAAUGUGUUGAAUACUUAUUAAAUAAUUAUUUUUUUGGUUAUUUAUUGUUUAUUAAUUUUGUGAAAGGGUAGAAGACACUAACAUUUUCUGAAUGAAAUCCACUGCAAUCACAUUAAUGCAACAUGUUCUUCUGACUGUAGUUUUUCUACCGUCCUACUGCAGUAAAUUGAAUUAUAGCCUUUUGAUAAAAUCUUUCAGCAUCUAAAUACCUUCUGAACGAAGAACCAUAUGGUGAUGAUCUCGCAGUCAGCCUCCAUCGUUUGCCCUGUUCUCUUGCUGAAUUUCAUGUAGGCACUUUUAAGACACAGCCACGUCUGUGUAAAUAUCCACUUCACAUCCAAUAGCCCACUAUGCUAGACCUUCAGACCUGCACAGAUGGAUGGGUCCUAGCUAAGCUAUAUGCUAAUUGACUCCAAGAAAAUAGCUAGCAAUUCUUUAGUCUUGUUUCCCACUGAAUAUAUCACAUUGACAGUUAGUACUACUCAGGAUCAUAUCAAGAUAUACUGGUCUCUAUAUGUGCAUGACGAAGCUCGCAGAUCAGUUUGAUAAUACUCUUGUCUUGGCCUGUGUAUUAUAUAGGGGUGGACGGUGUGCGUGCGUGUGUGUGGGAACUAAUCCACAAGGAGAGUUGUGUCUAAAGUUGAUGCUAUGCAUUAAACUGUCAAAGUCCAUUCUGCAAACAUUUGUUCAGAUAGGUGAAAUCUCCCAGUAAUAUCAUUGGUCUACACUGUAUGAAUGAAUAGAUGCUGUUAGCUUGAGUAUUAAUUAUUUUGUCCAUUGAAUGAUUGAUGCAACAGAGACAUCCCCAGUAUUUGUGUUAUGGCUAGUUUGUGUCUUCCCCUCAGUGAGAUGGGCAUUUCCAUUCAUUUGAACUUGUUUAGACUGAAACUAAACAUGCCUGUUGUUCAGUGUGUCAAAGUACGGUUGGAGAUGUUAGUUGGUUGACCUGAACACUGAGCAGGGUAGAGUUAGGAUUACAUCUUCCUCACUUCCUUUUCUGUGGCCACACUAUAUCCGUUGGGUUUUCUGCUUUGGUUUAGCCUCUCUCCUUUUUUUUCUUUUUUUUUUUUUAUACUUUUCUGCUUUCCUUUUUAGAUGAAUAAUGAUUUUUCUCGCUCUUUAUGCGUUUGUGUCUUGAAAAUUAGUGUAUGUGCUGAGCUGCUUGAAGUUGUUCUUCCUCUUUUGAAAAUCUGAAUGAAUAGCAACUGAAUGUUCCUGUUAAUAAUUUGUUGGCUUGAAAACAGUGGAGAGAAAAAAAGCAUUAACUGCAAAAUUUGACCGUAGGUGGAACUAAGCGAUGUGAACUGUGUGUUUUGAGAUGUGGCUUUAAUUUGUACUUUUUAAUCAACUACAAAAGAAAACACUGAGAAUAAAUAUGAAAAUGGUCUUGUUAAUCUCUGAAAAUGGGAUAAGUUAUUUAAAAAAAAAAAAAAGAAAACAAACCAGACUAAGGGAUGUUUGUAUAUUUUGAAAAGUUUGACAGUCUGCUGGUGUUCUGAAUUUCACUGUACUGUAUAGAACCUCUCUGGUCUCUCCUUCAAGUCGCAUGUUGAUUUGAGUUUUGUAUAUUUAUUGUAUUAACACAAUAAAAAUUGUAAAGUGAA